AUGGGUGAUAUUGAUCUAGUUCGUCUGCCAAGCGAAGUUCGUGAACAUCUUGCGCAGCUUGACCUAGAACUCUCUGAAGGGGAUAUUACGCAAAAGGGUUAUGAUAAAAAAAGACAGCUUCUUUUAGCUCCGUACAUUCAGGCGCAAGCCAAUGGGAACAAAGGUACCGCUAGUCCUAGCACCAAAGCUCACAAGCGUCACCAGAGAAGGUUAACUCGGGACGAAUCUCGUUUUCAUUCUGAAAUUCGUGCUGAAGCUGUACAGCAGGCUCUUGCAGAAUACAGUAAAGGCACAAAAGAGCAUCCGAAAGUUCCGCAGCCUAUCAAGCGUCGCGGUGGGAAUUCUUUUUGUGAACGAAAGAAUCGUGUUUCAGACUCAAGUUCUGAUGAUGAGAGCACUUUGGGUAGUACAAAUCGGAGUAGACAGUCAGGUUCAACUCGUUCAAAAGAUUCGAGGGAGAGGUUGAAAAAGAAUCGUAUUGGUCGUUCAUCUGGCGGAGAUGUUACUCAUCCACCGCCACCAGACGUUACAAAUGGUGCAGUCGCUGUCGAUGCUCGAGCUCAAAAAAGGCAGGUUAAAGAUGGCCAAGGUAAUAAUCGGUCGGAAGAAAUAUGUGCACUAGAGUGUACAUCUGGUCUUGGGCUGGAAACCAUUCCUACCACUUGUAUUUCUGGCACCGAUAACAGUGAUUUGAAAGAUCGGGUGGUCUAUGCUAAUACAGUCACCAGUUAUACAGAACAAGAUUCUAAUCAAGAAUAUCAAAACGCUAUCAUUCCGUUGAAGCCAGCUAAAGUUUCGCUGAAGAUUCAACAACUUCUUCACUCUUUACAGAACGGCGUAAUCGCUGGUCUCCCCUUUCAGAAAUAG